AUGAAGCUUGCAGUGAUAGUUUUAUGUGUGAUGACGAUGUCACGAGCCGAUCAGGAAACACCUGUGGUGCUAUGUGGAAGGGAACUUGCCAAUGCCAGAGUGUUAGUUUGCUAUGGCGCUGAGUUUGUUUCUAAACGAGCGUCACCGCAAUCUAUAGUCGCCGCAUUAGCAAGUGGCGAUAAAUGGAUUGAAGAACUCAUGUGGGGAGGGCGUCGUGCCGCUAUAAGUGCUGAUUGGAACCGAUACAAAAGGGGCGGGUUGGCUGAUGAAUGCUGUCUUAAACCCUGCACCACCGCUGAUAUACUUAACUACUGCUAA